GAUAACAUCGAAAGUAUAGAAAAUUAACAACCUUUACAUUUUAGAAAAAUAAUUGUGUAGCCGAUGAUACAGUAAUCAUAACAUAUACUUGCUGUCGAAUUUUAUCUUCCACCUAAUUCAAAAGAUAAUAAUUAUUGAAAAGAUGAGCUUCGAAUAUUCCGUAAUACCAUCAACAAGAUAUUCCGAUGUCAUCAAUAUGUUAAGAUUUUCAUUUUAUGACGAACCAUUGAACGUUUCCGUCGGUCUUUGCAAAUGUGGGGAGCCCUGUGAAAGUCUGGAAAAAUAUAAUUUGGCGACGAUGGAAGACAAUAUGUCUAUAAUGGCAGUUGAUAAAUGCACCAACGAAAUUGCGGGGGUUUGUUUGAAUGGUAUAAGUAGACCAUCCGAUUCGGAAGUAUGUCGUAAACGACUAGAGCAGGGUGACAUUAAGUAUAAACUAAUUUUCGGACUAUUGUUUGACGCAAACCAAGAAGCGAACUUGUUCGAAAAGUUCAAAGUGGACAAAAUAUUUGAGUUGAGAGUUUUGUGUGUUGCACAUAACUUCCGAAGUCGGAAAAUAGCUAGCGAGUUGCUUAUUCAAAGCGAAGCUGUUGCUGCAAAAAACGGAUUCUCUUUACUUAAAAUAGAUGCAACGAGUUUUUUUACUCAGAAGCUUGCAACGAAAAUGGGCUAUUACGAAGUAAAAUCUGUGGCAUACAACGAUUUUAAAGACGAAAAUGGAUCGCAACAAUACACUACCCCAGCCCCUCAUGACACUUACAAGAUAAUGGUAAAAGAAAUAACCGCAGCAUGCAGUUUCUAAACAGAAAUCACUCAUCUCCAGUGCACGAAAAUGUUGGUGCUGCUACUGCCAUGCAGAAUGUAACAUUUUCAAAAUGUAAAAUGUAUAAGAACUCAACUGAAUAUGCACGUGCACAUUGGAUAUCAUUAUCAGAAGUAUUCAAUAUAAGAAAAAACUGCAAAACUGCUGGGGGGCUUUAACUUGUAGAAAUCGAAACAAACAUA